AAUAGCCAGACACACUCGAGCGACGAUGCACUGCAAUUGGCUGUUGGGUUUGGCUUUGACGGUGGUGCUGCUGCUGCUGCAGCUGCAGGUGCCCGGCGGCGAGGCGAGGCGACAGAUGAAGCGACACACGAGGUGGCAUCAUCGGCCGCAUCAGAUCAGUUUGCGCAGGGAGACGAGGCACGAGGAUCGAUUCAAAUUACUUCAAUUCGAGAUACCAGCACUGCUGGCCAAAUUCAAGAUCCGAGUGAGACGAGGUCCAUUGCGCUUGAUGUCGACCCGCAUCGGGGCUGAUGAGGGCACCGUGAUGUUGCCCCUGGUGAAUGCGUACAAUACGGAGUACUUUGGCAACAUCACGAUCGGCGGCAAUCAGACCUUCAAGAUACUGUUCGAUACGGCCUCCGCGAACCUGUGGAUACCCUCCGUCCAGUGUCCGCCGGAGAGCUGCCUGCAUCUGCAGCGGUACGACAACAGCCUCUCGAGCAGCUACCGGGCCAAUGGCAGCGCCUUUCAGAUCCAGUAUGCCACGCGCAACAAUCAGCCGACCAUACUGAAGGGCUUCCUCUCCACGGACACCGUGGAGCUGGCCGGGCUGGAGAUCAAGGGCCAGACGUUUGCGGAGAUCACGACGCUGCCGCCGAACGUCUUCCACAAGUCCAAUUUCGAUGGCAUCUUCGGGCUGGGCUUCAAGGAGAUCGCUAUCGAUGGCGUCAUCCCGCCCAUGUACAACAUCAUUGAGCAGGAGCUGAUUGGCCAGCCCACCUUCUCGUUCUAUCUGAAUCGCGACAAUACGGGCAAAGUGGAUCCAUCCGGGGGCAAGCUGCUGCUGGGGCCGAGUGAUCCCACGCUGUACAGCGGCUGCAUGACCUUUGUGCCGCUCUCCAAGAUCGGCUACUGGCAGUUCACGGUCGCCAGCAUCGAGCUGGGCGACAAUCAGCUGUGCAAGAAAUGCGAGGCCGUCGUCGAUGUGGGCACCUCGCUGAUUGUGGCGCCACCGGCGGUGCUGCGCCGCAUCAAUGCCCAGCUCGGCCUGACCGAGGCGGACAAGCGCGAGGGCGUCUACACGCUGCCCUGCUCCCGUCUGCCCAAGCUGCCCAAGCUCACGUUCAACAUUGGCCGUCGCGAUUUCGUUCUGUCGCCCUCCGACUACGUUGUGCGCUUCAACAACGUCUGCGUCUCCGGCUUCACCAGCCUCGAGGAGGGCAGCGCCGAGCUCGAGGACGACAGCGGCACUGACUACGACAACCUCUGGGUGCUCGGCGACGUCUUCAUGGGCCCCUUCUACAUGGAGUUCGACAUGGAGUACAAGCGCAUUGGCAUCGCACCCAAAACAUAGAAGUACAAGAAUUUCCGAUUUAAUUAGCAAAACAUAUUUUGUAU